AUUAAAUAAAAUGGCAUGCGCACUCCUCCGCGCGAGCCGUGCUAGUCGGUUCCUGUUGCUCUCCAGCCUCCGUUGUCUCUGCAGCACCCUGAGUUCUCCUCCAGAGCGCUAGUCCCAGGAGCUCGGAAUGUUCCCGGAACUUAAUAACCUGCUCAACACCACCCCGGACAGGGUGGAGCAGGGGAAACUGACUCUACUCUGUGAUGCCAAGACAGAUGGCAGUUUCCUUGUACACCACUUUCUCUCCUUCUACCUCAAAGCUAAUUGUAAAGUCUGCUUUGUGGCACUCAUCCAGUCCUUCAGCCACUACAAUAUCGUGGGACAGAAGCUGGGUGUCAACCUGACCAUGGCGCGGGAGCGUGGGCAGCUUGUGUUCCUCGAGGGACUCAAGUCUGCAGUGGACGUCUUCUUCCAGCCUCAAGAGAAGCCGCACCCCCUGCAGUUUCUCAGGGAGGCCAAUGCUGGGAACUUGAAACCAUUGUUUGAGUUUGUACGGGAGGCCCUGAAGCCAGUAGACAGUGGAGAGGCUGGGUGGACCUACCCGGUGCUGCUGGUGGACGACCUCAGUGUGCUCCUGAGCCUGGGCCUGGGGGCGGUGGCUGUGCUGGACUUUAUUCACUACUGCAGAGCCACCGUGUGCUGGGAACUAAAGGGAAAUGUGGUGGUCCUUGUGCACGACAGUGGAGAUGUGGAGGAUGAGGAGAAUGACAUCCUGCUGAAUGGCCUCAGUCAUCAGAGCCACCUGAUCCUGCGGGCUGAGGGCCUGGCCACUGGCUUCUGCAGGGAUGUGCAUGGGCAGAUUCUCUCUAUUGCCCAGGCUGGAGUGCAAUGUGGCACUUCUUAGCUCACCUGAAUUCCAAGUGAUCCUCCCACCUCAGCAUCCUGAGUAGCUGGUACUACAGGUGCCCACCACCACAUCCGGCUAAUUAAAAAUUUUUUUUUGUAGAGGCAGGUGUCGCUUUGCUGCCCAGGGUAGUCUUAAACUCCUGGACUCAGGAGAUCCUCCCACCUCAGACUCUCCUCAAAUAUUUUAUGUUUAAUAGUUGUUCAGCAUUUUAUGCCAUCAUUAUAUUCUAGUUUGUUUAGUUAUCCUCUGGGCAUGUAGGUUCUGGUUUUUACUGUUAUCAAUUAUGCUGUUAUAAAUGUUAUAUACUCUCCCUUUUGAGGGUGAGGACAAGUACUUGUUUUUUUUAGAACCUGGCAAACCAGGUCACUGGCAGAGCUCGUAGAACUUAAGUUCUGGAGGAGAAGACAGGCAAUUAACAGAAUUGACAAGUGACAUAUUUAACUUAGACCAUGAUAAGUGCUGUAAAUAAACCAGCGAAGGGGCCUGUGAGAAGGGAGGGGUGAUUACAUUUUAGACUCUGUUACUGAAUUACAGCAUGAACUGGCCCUGGCACAUUAGCAGGCUGUUCUUCAGAAUGGUGGAGCCAGUUUACAGUGAUAUAGAGCUGAGGCAGGCAGGUCACCUGAAGUCAGUAGUUUGAGACC